GUGAAUACGGGUAGGUAAAAACACCGGGAAGGGAAAAAAAAGCUGUCAUGUUUUGACAAGGAAAGAAGUGAAAGGGAAAAGUCAGACAUUUUGCGGUUUGGGAUAAAAAUACACAACAUUCGACCGUUUUUAAAUCAAAACCACAGGAGCGCCGAGACCGACCCCCCGGUCAUCUGUCGGUGUCUGAGCGUCAGGAUCCACGUCGUCAUGGCGGGUCGACCCAACGGGCCGGCCGCGGGGAAUAAGAUCUGCCAGUUUAAGCUGGUUCUGCUGGGCGAGUCGGCCGUUGGGAAGUCCAGUCUGGUUCUGCGUUUCGUCAAGGGCCAGUUCCAUGAGUACCAGGAGAGCACCAUUGGAGCGGCGUUCCUCACGCAGACCGUCUGUCUGGACGACACAACAGUGAAGUUUGAGAUUUGGGACACAGCCGGACAAGAACGCUACCACAGCCUGGCGCCGAUGUACUACAGAGGAGCUCAGGCUGCCAUCAUCGUCUACGACAUCACGAACACGGACACAUUUGUACGAGCGAAGAACUGGGUAAACGAGUUGCAGAAACAGGCGAGUCCCAGCAUUGUAAUCGCUCUGUCUGGCAAUAAAGCUGAUCUCGCUAACAAGAGAGCCGUCGACUUCCAGGAAGCACAGGCGUACGCUGAUGAUAACGGCCUGCUGUUCAUGGAGACUUCAGCCAAAACCGCCAUGAACGUCAACGAGAUAUUUAUGGCCAUUGCGAAGAAGCUGCCGAAGAGCGAGCCUCAAGCCGGCGGAGGCGGGGCCAGUGGGCGGGGACGGACAGGUGUAGACCUCCAAGACUCCACCCAUCAGAGCUCCACUGGCAAAUGCUGUAACUGAUUGGCCGGGUUUCGGGAAGCAGAGGGUCCAAACCAAGACACGGAGAAGCCACAAGACGAGCGUCUGGCACUUAUAAUGAUGAUGAUGAUGAUGAUGAUGAUUCCUUCAGAGAUUAUGUUUUUGAUCAUUUUUCAUAUAAGAAAAUAUAAGCUAACACUUCCUGUUUCUCUCUCUUUCACUUCCUGUCCGGUUUAUCCAUAUUCCAUGAAAAUACUAACAGAUCUGUGUCUCGAGGCUCGUUUUAUUAUUAUUGUUAUUAUCGAAUUUUUUUAACAGCGGUGAGGUUUUUUCCGGUGGUGGGCGGAGGGCGCGCGACACUUUUUUUCCUCCUUCCCCCUUUUCUUUCAUUUCCUUUUUUUUUUUUUUUUUGUGCGUGUUCCGUAACGAUCUUAACAAAGGAGCUCACGCCGGGAAUCUUUCACACGAAUCAUUUUGUACGCAAGCGAGUAUUGUUUUUACUGCAACAGUGGACAUCAUGGCAUUAUUAACGGGGCUUUUCUGUGUGUGUGUGUGUGUGUGUGUGUGUGUGUGUGUGCGUGCAAGCGAGCGUGUGUGUGUGUGUGCGUGCGUGGAUGAACAUUACCUCUGACACCUUUUUAACAUUGUGGUUUUUCAAUCUGUAAAGAGAGAAAUAAAAAAAAAAAAGGAGGGAAA